CCCGCUGCUUCCUUUGUUUAGUGUUGCCUGUGUUCUGCCCGAAAGUAGUGUUGUAGAUUUUAGUGCGCUGUGCCUGUAAUCAUUCAGUGACCGCCCUGUGCGUGUGUUGCCGCGUCAGGAAAGGAGUGUUGCGUCUCCAGGCACCUCCCGCCUCACGCCUUUCUUCCUCCCGUCUCCCGGAGUGUACACACCUGCACUCUUGAGGCACCUCCCGCCUCGCGCCUUCCUUCCUCCCGUCUCCCGGAGUGUACACACCUGCACUCUUGAGGCUGCUGGCGAGAGGAACUGUCGUCCCAAGCCCUCCACCAUGGCCGCCGCUCCAACAGUACAUGUCCAUCGCAUUAAGCUUAUCUGUCUCAUGGAGAACGCAGGCAAGGACGUCUUGACCUUUGUGUUGAAGCGCGGCGCGCUGAACGCCCCCGCCACGCCGCCGGGCCAGUCCCUCACUGACUACCUUGAUAACCUCCCUCAAGGCUCGACAGCCAACUAUGGCAGGAUGAAUAACAAACAAAAGAAAGCAGCACUGAGCAACACCGACCGCCGCCAAGCACAACGCUUCCCUCUAUGGGACAACUUUGAUGUAAGUUUAUUGCACAAAACAAUAAAGCUGACGUGCCAAGGCGUGGCGAGAGAUGGCGAUCCCGAAUGGCGGAAUCAGAACACCCUGGAAGGAUUGGUAACGAAAAUCAAGGAUGAGCGGAAUGAACUCUUUCAUGAAGUGAAAGAUUUCAGCGAGGCAGAGUACCAGCACAAAGUCAACGAGUUAGAACACCUCUUUAUCCGAGUCCUCGCCGCAGCCAAGACCAAAUACUGCAUUCCUGACGCAGAGGUGACACCCGUGCAGGACAACGCCCGGCAGGUCACUGAUACCUUCAGAAAUAUGGGAUUAGAGGAAGCAAUUUUAAGAUAUAAAUUAAGUAACAUGUGUCAAUUAUUCAUAAGCAUGAGUCAGACCCACCUCAAAGCAUUCUAUGAUCGCGUGCAAACCUUUGAUCCUCUGUCCUUCCUUACCAACUCACCAAAACACCUACAUCACAUCCAGGACAUUUUCUGCAAGAUGUCCCUCGUGGAAGGAAGAGGACACCUCCAACAGAGGCGAGACAUCGACACUUGCGACGUGCUGACGGUGACGCGCCGCGCGGGACAGAAUCCACAGCCGUCCACAUCCUCAUCGGCCACGCCGCCCACGCACGACGCCAAGCCACAGCUCAUCCUGAUCAGGGGCGUGGCAGGAAGCGGCAAAACGACCCUGCUCACCUUCCUUGUCUCAGAGUGGCUUCAAGAGCCCUGCGCCUGCACCAUCAAACACCUGGACGAGUACGACAUCGUGGUGCGUGUCUUGUGCCGCGAUGAUGAAGGCCCAUCUCUCCAGAACUUCCUCAAAGUGAUCCUCCCAAACCACUUUGCUGUGAUGGACGAACACCUCAUCCCCCUCCUACAACAAUGCAAGGUUCUCUUCCUGAUUGACGGCCUGGACGAACUGUCGCCAGGCACUCCAUCACACAGCCUUGUGAAGGACAUCAUCAACAUAUCGAAAUACUCGCCAGACUUCACACUCGUCUGCACAUCGCGGCCCGAAACAGUGCAAGACUUCUUGGCCAAAGUACCUGAUGGUUAUGAGGUGUGGGACAUGGAGAUGAGAAGUGUUAGCCAUGAACAAAGAAUUCAUUUUGUCAUGAAGCAUUACAACAGCUUCCCAGACAAGGGGGUCAAAGACCCUGAGAGGCUUGAGUACCUCAUGAAACACAUUGGCUGGAAGGAUUACCUCGGCCUGCCCUUGAACCUGCAUUUUAUUGCAUGGUUGUUUUAUUUCAAUGUAGACAACAUCAAGAUCACCACCACCCAGACCAGCCUGUACGUCACCAUACGAGACUGGUGCAUACAAAAACUGCAGGCCAGACUCACAGGUCAUCCACAAGACAUAAAGACCCGCGAGGUGCUCAUUUCUAUGGUUCUACAAGAUAUAUACGACACAUCAUUGCAAGCUCUUCUUCAAGACCGACUCACUCUGUCAAAACAGGAAGAGCAGAAGCUGAUCUGUUGCUGCUUUGGAAAAGGAUUACCCAGCAAGGAAGUCAUCCCAGCGUUUUUCAGUCUUCAAGACACGAGUGACAGGCUGGGGCAUCAUCAGAAGUAUGCAGCCCCACACAAGAGCCUACAGGAAUUCUACGGUGCAUCAGCAAUCGUCCACAAGCUGGUGGAGGACUCACACUCAGCAAACAUACGACGCAUGCUUCACGACCCGCCGCCAGAACAGCUCCGGAACUUGAGGAACCUGCUGCUGCACGUGGCAGGUCUCCUCUGCCACCCUAACACACCACUUUGUGCUGCAGCCAUACAAGAGGUGGUGGACUUGCUGGCGGAGACUGGUGUGGAAAGGUGUGAUGAUUGGCUGUCCAUGCUGGAGGACACUGAGGUGAACAGGACUGCCUUGGAUUGUGUUGUCAGACACAUUACAAGUGAUAAGAGGGAGAUGGUAAUAAUAACAGACAGCACCAUCACCAGUGCCAGGGCCCUCCUCCCCCUCAUCCCCUCCAAGGUGGUACGGAUACAGCUAAGCAGGAAGGAAUCAGACGUGCAGGGGCUCAUCUUUGAACACCACAAAUACAUUGAUCUGUCCCUGCACCACCAAUACAGGCAUCCAGACCAAGCCACUCUCUGUGACUCCUUGCUGCGUGCCAUGCCCAGUAUGGGGACCAGAACUGUACACAGUAUUCUAGAUGAGGGCGCACCAGUGAGUUAUAUAAGGCAAGUAAAACCUUUUCUGAUUUAAAUUCAAAGGUUCUUCCAAUGAACCCUACUAAUUUAUUUGCCGUCUUUACUGUUUCUGUACAGUGUUGAUUCGGCUUUAGGUCGUUUGACACAACGACACCAAGAUCUUUUUCUUUAUCAACACUUGACAGUGGCAUGUUAUUCAUUACAUAUCUCGCCUGAACAUUGUUGCUUCCGAUAUGUAGAACUUUGCACUUUUCUAUAUUAAAUCUCAUCUGCCAUUUUUCUGCCCAGCUUGUUAGUUUAUUGAGGUCACACUGCAGUUCCUGCCAUUGUGACAGACGUUACUCUACUUGUUAUUUUGGUGUCGUGUGCAAAUAUACUUAUUUUGCAGUUUAUCCCUUCAUCAAUAUCAUUUAUGUACAUUAUAAAGAGUACUGGUCCUAAUACAGAGCCUUGAGGAACGCCGCUAUUUACCUUAUGCCACUCUGACUCUUUUCCAUUAAUCACAACACGCUGUUUUCUGUCAGAGAGCCAGUCUCUCAGCCGUUUCAGGGUGUUUCCAGCAAUGCCGUGAGCUUUUACUUUACUGAUGAGUCUCCUAUGGGGAACAGUGUCGAAAGCUUUCUAGAAA